AUGGAUACAACAUAUAGAACAUCAUUGCCGGGAGAUUCAAAGUUUGUACAGUACCGCAAUUCACGAGGUGAAAUUUCUAUUUCUACAUCAAGGUCUACAAAAAUUUAUGUCAAUAUAGGCAUACCAGAAGCAAAUGAGCUCAUACAAUCAUUCAAAGAUUCAGAUGAAUUCCAUAAAGUUGCAACUUCUGGUAUUACAAAGUCUCCAAUGCUUGAUAUGGAUAAAAAGAAGACUAUAUCUGAAAUUCUGGAAAUUGCAACCUCAAAAAGUGAUAUGAAUGGUACCUAUUGUUGUGCUGCAACUAUAAAUGACAUCUUGCUGAAAAACGGGUUUCGAUUAGAGCUUGAUGUCAGAGAUGCUACCAAUUCAACUAUAUUUGUUGUAUUUGAUGACAUUGCUGAACAAAUAGCACGUGUGAAAUUACAUGAUCUUUUAUCAGGAGAUAAGAGCGAUUUGGACCUACCUCCACAACUCCUGAAAACCAUAGGCUCUUCACAUGUUUUUCAAAUAAAGAUGAGUACCUACUUUGAGAGUCAUGGAAGGCAAAGUUUCACAGCAAAUAAACUUUUGAAGCCAGUGGUGAAGAUUGAGAAGGAAGCUGAGAAGGAAGCAACUGAAAUUGAGAAGGAGGCUGAAAAGGAAGCAACUGAAGUUAACUUACCAGACAAAGUGACAGAGACCAUAUUGGAAAUCAGCGACUCCUCAAUUGGAUCUCCAGAUAUUAACAUGUCAGAUUCACCACAAAAGAGAAGAAAAUUGAGGUUGCAACGGGAAGGGAAAAAACCAAGUUAUCCAGAAAAAGAAGAAGAAGAGAAUUUGAAGAUUUAG